AUGACUGAGCGACACCUGAAUCACCUCCUCUUCCUCCACAUCCACAAACACCUGACCGAUGGCCUGGACCUCCGAAAGGUGCUCCGCAGCUUUUGCUUUGCCAGUGAGCGAAGAGAAAUUUACUUCGGCAAAUACGGGUUCAUCAACAGCUGCCUGCAGUCACUUGUGAUAGAGAGGUUUGGCCAGGAGACCUGGAACAAACUGAGCUCUCUACCAGGAGUCCAGGACACCUUCAUGACAUACACAGUUUACGACGAUAUCCUAACCCUAAGCCUGGUGCAGGAGGCCUGUUCACUGCUGAAUGUCCCUGCUGAUGUGUUACUGAAGCUUUUUGGAGAACAUUUCUUCAUUUUCUGUAAGCAAGCAGGCUAUGACACCAUGCUGAGGACACUUGGGGGAAAUCUCAUUGAAUUCAUAGGCAAUUUAGAUGCUCUCCAUAGUUACCUGGCCCUGUCCUAUCAGGAAAUGAAUGCACCAUCUUUCAGAGUAGAGAUGACAGAUGAUGGAAACAUGCUACUUCACUACUAUUCUGACAGGAAGGGCCUGUACCAUAUUGUACCUGGUAUCAUAGAAGCAGUUGCCAGAGAUUUUUUUGACAGUGAAGUGAACAUGGUGGUUGUCAGUCAAUCAGAAGAAGAUGAACGGACAGGGAAGAAGGAGCAUGUUGUGUUUCUGGUCAAACAGACUAUCCAAGCUAAUGAGACCAGACACCAGGACCAUUCUAGUCAUAGUGAAGCAUUUUUCAGAAGAAUGAGGGGCAGGUGUGUGUCCCUGGCUGGAGAAAAGAAAGGCUGGGACCUGAUCAGGGCUGUGGUUCUUUCUGAUAAAGGCAACUUCCAGUGUAUCUGCAGUCCAUGUUACCCUGACAAGCUAUGGAUGGAAGAGAAAACUUUCUGCAACGCUUUUCCUUUCCAUAUUAUCUUUGAUGAAAAUCUGAAGGUAAAGCAAACAGGGGUGAAUAUACAGAAGUUCAUUCCAGGUCUCCAGGCCAGAGAUGCUUCAGUGGAUCACUAUUUCACCAUUAUACACCCACAGGUGACUUUUACCAUUGAAAGCAUCAGGAAAUUCAUCAACAGUCAGUUUGUCUUGAAGAGCUCCAAAGAGAAAAACACCACGCUCAAGCUAAGAGGUCAGAUGUUGUGGAUGGAGUCUCUUGGCUGUAUGUUGUACCUGUGUUCUCCGAAGCUACGAAGCCUCCAGGAACUUCAAAAUGUUGGCCUCCACCUGGCUGACCUGGCCCAGCAUGAUGUCACCAGAGACCUGGUUCUCCUCAACCAGCAACGCCUAGCUGAGAUGGAGCUGACCAAUCAGCUGGAGAGGAAAAAAGAGGAAUUGAGAAUUCUUUCACGCCACCUAGAGGCUGAAAAGGAGAAAUCAGAAACUCUACUGUAUGCCAUGCUGCCACGCCACAUAGCCAAUCAGCUUAAAGAUGGGAAAAGCGUAGAGGCAGGGGAAUUUGAGGUGUGCACUAUUUUGUUCAGUGACGUGGUGACCUUCACGAACAUCUGUGCUGCCUGUGAGCCCAUUCAUAUUGUUCACAUGCUAAACUCCAUGUACUCCAGAUUCGACCGACUCACCAAUAUACACAACAUCUACAAGGUUGAGACGAUUGGUGAUGCAUACAUGGUGGUGGGAGGUGUUCCAGUCCCUACAAUAACCCAUGCUCACAGAGUUGCAAACUUUGCUUUGGGUAUGAGGAUAGCUGCCAGAGAGGUCAUCAACCCUGUAACGGGCAAACCCAUACAGAUCCGUGUUGGCCUCCAUACCGGCCCAGUGUUAGCUGGGGUGGUGGGGGAGAAGAUGCCUCGCUACUGCCUGUUUGGAGACACAGUUAACACUGCCUCCAGGAUGGAGAGUCAUGGAGUCCCUGAUCACAUUCACCUCAGCACUUCCACAUAUAGCGAGUUGAAGGAUGCAGGAUUUGACAUAAAAGAGCGCGGGCACAUUGAGGUGAAGGGUAAAGGCCUGAUGACCACUUACUUCCUACUCGGUAACCUGCUGAUGUCAGAAGAUUGCAUCAUGGGAAAAGCAGUUGGACAGACCUGUCUUUAUAGAGAGGACCUUCAUGACCAGACCAAGAAAGAGCCUGACACACACACUGAUGGAAAAACUGAAAUUGACUGGAAAGAUACAUCCUCAGAUGGAGUCAUUGCCCCAGGUCCCAGUCACUUAGACAGAAUCACUCCAUUUGCCUGGGACAUCACCAAGCCAUAUGAGACCAAUGAGGACAGCAACAGCAUACCUGCCAACCAUUCCAACAGCAGACUAUGUGUCUUACUCUGA